GCAAAUUCUCAAUCUGUCUUCUUGACCUAUGACAUUGAUCCUCAAGAAUAUAAAGAUACCCAUACGCUGCAUGCGGUUUCCAUCCUUGUGCUUUUUUCACACCAAAUUGCUUAUUAGGUUUUACUUGGAAUUAUUAGAAAAGAAAUAUUCCCCUCUUGUGUUUGGUCCUAUUCACAUGCAAUGACAAAAGGGAAUUUCUAUUGAGUUAUUCCUUCCAAUUCUACUUCAAUAAAACCCCAACCCAUUUCUUCUUCUCCUCCUCUCUUGUGCUCAUUUCACUAGCUACAUUCAUUAAUCUCUCUCUCUCUCUCUCUCUCUCAGAGCUAGACAAGAUGAUGGAAGGCUUAGAGGAGGAGGAGGAGCUUCUGAAUCUUAGCCUGGCUAUUGUUACAGAUUCCGGAGGAGACAAGAAAAGGAAGAGGAAGACAAGGUCUCUUUUCGAUCCAUUAAACUCGUAUGCAGGUUGUGAAGGGAAGAUUUUUAGACUCCUGCAAAUUAGAGAACAAAUGCUAAAACCAAAUCACAAGAGAAAAGGAGUUGUUGAAGAUGGAAAAGGUCUUCAUUUGAUCCAUUUGCUUCUCAUUACAGCAACUGCCGUUGAUGAAAACAACCUAGGCACAGCUUUAGAGAAUCUAACUGAACUGUAUCAAAGUGUGUCCUUAACUGGUGACUCUGUCGAAAGAGUUGUCGCUUAUUUUUCAGAUGGCUUGGCUGCUAGGCUUCUUACAAGAAAAUCUCCAUUCUACGACAUGAUCAUGAAGGAGCCAACUAGUGAAGAAGAGUUCUUGGCUUUCACAGAUCUCUAUCGUGUCUCUCCUUAUUACCAGUUUGCUCAUUUCACCGCCAACCAAGCUAUCAUCGAAACUUUUGAGAAGGAGGAAGAAAGCAAUAACCGAGCAUUGCAUGUGAUUGAUUUUGAUGUCUCGUAUGGCUUUCAGUGGCCUUCUCUGAUUCAAUCUCUCUCUGAGAAGGCAACUAAUGGCAAUCGAAUAUCGCUUCAAAUAACUGGCUAUGGAAGAAGCUUGGAAGAGCUGCAAGAAACUGAGAGUAGAUUAGUUAGCUUCUCGAAAGGAUUUCGAAAUCUAGUGUUUGAGUUUCAUGGAUUGUUGAGAGACUCCAAGCUUAUCAACCUGAAGAAAAAGAAGAAUGAAACAGUUGCUGUGAAUUUAGUCUUUCAUUUGAACACCUUGAAUGAUUCAUUGAAGAUUUCUGACACGUUAAAAUCAAUACAUUCACUUCAACCUUCCAUUGUUGUCUUGGUGGAGCAAGAAGGAAGCAGAAGUCCAAGAAGCUUCUUAUCAAGAUUCAUGGAAUCCCUACACUAUUUUGCAGCCAUGUUUGAUUCUUUAGAAGAUUGUCUUCCAUUAGAAAGCUCAGAGAGAUUAAACAUAGAGAAGAACCAUCUUGGGAAAGAGAUCAAAGGCAUGCUCAAUUAUGACAGAGAUAAUAAUUAUGAUUCAAACAGCUGUCCAAGAUAUGAGAAGAUGGAAACAUGGAAGGGAAGGAUGGAGAGCCAUGGAUUCUCAGGAAUUAAACUAAGCUCAAAAUCCUUGAUUCAAGCCAAGCUGCUUUUGAAAAUUAGAACCCAUUAUAGGCCUCUUCAAUUUGAAGGAGAGAGUGGUAGUGGGUUCAGAGUAUUUGAAAGAGAUGAUGGAAGAGCAAUUUCUCUAGGGUGGCAAGAUAGGUGCUUACUUACAGCCUCUGCAUGGCAUUGUGUAUGAUAUAAUAGCUAGAGAUCAAUCCAUACUACUCUAACACAUUCAUCAUUUUUGUAACUUCUUUCAAAUAAUUCAAUAUUAAAGAUUAUCUGG